AUGUCUUUGAAUAUACUUGUAAUUGGUAAUGGUGGUAGAGAACAUGCAAUUAUAUGGAAAUUAUUAAAAUCACCUUCGGUUAAUCAUAUUUAUGUUGCACCAGGUAAUGGAGGUAGUUGUUAUACUUCAAUUGAAUCAAAAAUUACAAAUUUACCAUAUUCUUCAUCUCCAAAAGAUUUUGAUAAUUUGAAAAAAUUUUCUAUUGAAAAUAAUAUAAAUUUGGUUAUUCCUGGACCUGAACAACCUUUAGUUGAUGGUAUUGCUAAUAUUUUCCAUUCAGUUGGUAUUCCUGUUUUUGGUCCAAAUUCAAAAGCUGCUAAAAUGGAAGGUUCAAAAGCUUUUAGUAAAGAAUUUAUGGAUAAACAUCAAAUCCCUACUGCUAAAUUUAAAAAUUUUACAAAUGUUGAAGAUGCAAGAAAACAUAUUGAACAAAUUGAUUAUAAAAUUGUAUUAAAAGCUGAUGGUAUUGCUGGUGGUAAAGGUGUUUUAAUCCCAGAAACUAAACAAGAAGCUUUACAAGGUUUAAAUGAAAUUAUGGUUGAUAAAAAUUUUGGUGAUGCAGGUAAUGAAAUUGUUAUUGAAGAAUAUCUUGAAGGUGACGAAUUAAGUAUUUUAACUAUAACUGAUGGUUAUUCAUUUUUUAAUUUACCUGCAGCUCAAGAUCAUAAAAGAAUUGGUGAUGGUGAUAAAGGUUUAAAUACUGGUGGUAUGGGAGCUUAUGCUCCUGCUCCAAUUGCAACACAAGAAAUUUUAACUAAAAUUAACUCAGAAAUUAUUAAACCAACAAUUGAUGGUAUGAGAAAAGAUGGAUUUCCAAUGUGUGGUGUUUUAUUUACUGGUAUUAUGUUAACACCUAAAAAAGAACCAAAAGUUUUAGAAUAUAAUGUUAGAUUUGGUGAUCCAGAAACUCAAACUGUUUUACCUUUAUUAACUGAUGAUACUGAUUUAGCUCAAGUUAUGUUAGCAGCUGUUGAACAUAGAUUAGAUUCGGUUAAUAUUAAUGUUAAACCAUAUUUUGCAACAACAAUUGUUAUGGCUGCUGGUGGUUAUCCUGAAUCAUAUAAAAAAGGUGAUGAAAUUAAAAUAAACGAACCAAUACCAAAUGAUACAUUUAUAUUUCAUGCUGGUACUGCCGAAAAAGAUGGUAAAAUUGUAACUUCUGGUGGUAGAGUUAUUGCAUCAACUGCAAUUGCAAAGACUUUAAGAGAAGCUGUUGAUAAAGCAUAUGUUGGUGUUGAACAUGUUCAAUUCAAUGGUAAAUAUAAUAGAAAAGAUAUUGCACAUAGAGCAUUUAGAGAUGCUGAAAAAACUACUACUACUACUCAUAAUGGUGUUACAUAUGAAGAUGCUGGUGUUUCAGUUGAUAAUGGUAAUUUAUUAGUUGAAACUAUUAAAGCAAAAGUUAAAUCAACAGCUAGACCAGGUGCAGACUCUGAUAUUGGUGGAUUUGGUGGAUUAUUUGAUUUAAAUGCAGCUGGUUAUAAAACUGAUGAAACUUUAUUAGUUGCAGCAACUGAUGGAGUUGGUACAAAAUUAAGAAUUGCACAAAUUAUGAAUAUUCAUAAUACUGUUGGUAUUGAUUUAGUUGCUAUGAAUGUAAAUGAUUUAAUAGUUCAAGGUGCUGAACCAUUAAUAUUUUUAGAUUAUUUUGCAACUGGUAAAUUAGAUGUUGAAAUUGCAGCAAAAUUUGUUGAAGGAGUUGCAAAUGGUUGUAUACAAGCAGGAUGUGCAUUGGUAGGUGGUGAAACUUCAGAAAUGCCAGGGAUGUAUGAUGUUGGUCAUUAUGAUACAAAUGGUACAGCAGUUGGAGCAGUUAAUAAAAAUAAAAUAUUACCAAAAAUAAAUGAAAUGACACAAGGUGAUGUUCUUAUUGGUUUAAGGUCAGAUGGAUUACAUUCAAAUGGUUUUUCAUUAGUUAGAAAAAUUAUUGAAAUAAGUGAUUAUGAUUAUAAAUCAAUUGCUCCAUGGAAUGAAUCAAAAACAAUUGGUGAAGAAGUCUUGGUGCCUACAAAAAUUUAUGUUAAACAAUUAUUAUCUUCAAUAAAUCAAGAUUUAUUAUUAGGUUUAGCUCAUAUAACAGGUGGUGGAUUAAUUGAAAAUAUACCAAGAGCAUUACCAAAAAAUUUACAAGCAAAAGUUGAUAUUUCAAAAUGGGAAAUACCUGAAAUUUUCAAAUGGUUUGGUCAAAUUGGUAAAAUUCCAUAUAAUGAUAUAUUAAAAACUUUUAAUUUAGGUAUUGGUAUGGUUUUAAUUGUUAAAAAAGAAAAUGUAGAUAGAGUAUUAGAAUUAUUACAAAAAGAAAAUGAAGAUGCCAUUAUAAUAGGUGAAUUAGUUGAAAAGAAAAAUUUAAAUGAUCCUGGUUGUAUAGUUGAAAAUGUUGAAGGUAUAUACUAG